UUUACAGGUGUUGCGGUACUUGUUAGUUUGAGGGCGUAAACAGAUCAACAUCGUUUUGAAUGAUCGAAUAAGUAUUCCAAAUCAGUUUGACAAAUACCGAUGUAUGUGUAUGUUGACUGUAAUGACAGUUUAUUAUAAUCGAACAAUAAACUCAUAAACCGAAUCAAGUAAUUACGAUUUUUCUGUUAAAAAUUUCAUUUAUUUUCACAGAACAUUAGAUACUAGAAAAAAGAUUUGAUAUUAUAUAAACAAUGUCUUGUCGACCUCAAUUAAUUGGCAGAUCACCUUUGGGACAAUUGAAGUCCGAAGGAUCAUUAACAUCAGGAUGUAAAUAUCAUUCAUGUCAAGGAAAACUAACCAUUCCAAAUAUCUGUCAAGAUUUGAAAUUUUCAACUGAAGAUCUUAUGGAUGAAGGAGAAAUUGGUCGAGGAGCAUAUGGAUUUGUUAAUCGUAUGGUUCACAGACCUACGAAAACAGCUAUGGCAGUUAAGAGAAUACGUUCAACGUUAAAUGAACGUGAACAAAGAAAUACAUUGAAAGAUUUAGAUGUUGUUAUGAAUUCAGCAAAUUGUCCAAAUAUUGUUCUAUUUUAUGGUGCAAUAUUUACAGAAGGUGAUUGUUGGAUAUGCAUGGAAAUGAUGUCUACAUCAUUAGAUAAAUUUUAUAAAUUUGUUUAUAAUUAUUUACAAUCACGAAUCCCUGAAAGUAUUAUUGGGAAAAUUACUACAGCUACUGUUUCAGCACUUGAUUACUUGAAAACUGCUCUUAAAGUCAUUCACAGAGAUGUAAAACCAUCAAAUAUUCUGAUCGAUUGUAACGGUAAUGUGAAAUUAUGUGACUUUGGUAUAUCUGGUCAGUUGGUUGAUAGUAUUGCUCGAUCACGUGAUGCUGGUUGUAAACCGUAUAUGGCGCCAGAACGUAUUCAUCCAGAGUUAAGUGCUAAUGGUUAUGAUAUACGUUCAGAUGUAUGGAGUUUAGGCAUUACUUUGAUUGAAUUAUCCACUGGACAAUUUCCUUAUCCAUCAUGGAAUUCCGUAUUUGAACAACUCACUUGUGUAUUAGAUAAUGAUUCACCUAGUUUACCGGAAUACUUACCAAAAUCUAUUCAAACUUCAUCAUCAACUACAACACUUGUCAAUAUUGAAUAUUCCAAUAAUUCAAAUGAAUCUUAUUCAUCAUCAUCAACAACAACAACAACAACAGAUUUUUCAUCUGAAUUUCGUAAUUUUGUCUCACAGUGUUUAGAGAAAGAUGUGAGAUGUCGACCGAAAUAUCAAGCACUUAUGCAUCAUCCAUUCUAUUUACGUUCAUUAAGUGAAUUUAUUGACGUUGGAAAAUAUUUUCAAUCAAUAUUAAAUAAAGUUCCUCCUCAUAUGAAUAUGAAUGAAUUAAGUCAAACCCAUAGUUGAAAUUAUGCCCUAUCUAAUUCUUUAUUUAUAUAUUACUUAUGAAUAUCUUUUUGUUUUCGAAAAUAACACCAUGUAUCAUUCCAGUAACAUCGUAUUUAUUCAAACAAGAGAUUUGAUCGCGUAAAAUAAAAUCCUUUUUCUGUUUUAAAUUUCCCGCUAUGCAAAUAUUUCAUUAUUAUUACUUUAGAUAAACACUAAAAUUAAACACACAUACACACACACACAAUCGUUUCUCAUAUGUGUAUACAUAACUUUGUUUCAUUUUCAUUUUGAUUAUUGCAAGUUAUCUGUGUGGAUAUGUGUAUAUUGAGGUGAUUUGAGAGUGCCUAUAACAUCAAAGUUUAUAUGGAGUGAAAUUAUUCUUUAUUUCUGAUUGCUUCCCUCAUUGUUUUUUUUUCUAGAAAAAAAACACAUAACCGGUUUCAUUUGUUUUCAUUGAAAACUUUUUCUUAUUGUAUAAAUUUAGAUAUUUAUUCAGAUAUUACUUAUGAAUUUGUGCAAUUAUUAUAAGUAGUAUAAUAAUGGUACUAUCAUAACUCAUUAUUUUUUAUCGUUGUUUGGCUUUCUGUGUACAUGCGUACUUGCAUAGUUCGACAAUUUCUUUGUUUACUUGGCUGUGACAAUCGAGUUUCUGUUAAUCUAUUACUCUUAGAGACAUAGGCGCCAUCAUUAUAUUUCAAAUUUUCUAUGUUUUUCCAUUACUGUUUUCAUUAUUAUUAUUAAUGUCAUAAUCAUGACUUUCAUUUGCCGUGUUACAACUUAAAUAAAUCCUGGAUACUG